AUGGAGACCAUAAAUCCCUACCUCACUAUAGUCCACCCAGAGCUCUUCGCCCUACGCACCAACAACACUGGGUACGAGUCUAUUUCCGAUCAGGACCUUCACGACCCCGCUGCUACCCUUCUGGUUGUAUGCAUGCACCUCUUCACUCAACAAGAUGGCUCCGUAAAGUCAAUGAGUGAAGAAGGUGUUGAGAUGCCGAUCUAUCGGGCUGCCAAGCAAAUUCUUGGUAUCUUGAGAACGCUCAAUACCCCAAGUAUAGAGCUCAUUCAGUGUUCUCUUCUGCUCGCAUUCUACGAGUAUAGCCAUGGGGAUCUUGGACGUGCCUAUGUCAGCAUUGGAGAUGCUAAUACCAUGGCCCUGGUCCUACGUGUGGGUCCUGGAAAGUACCUUGAGGCUGAGUGGGAUGCGUAUGUCCCUUAUGAGGAAGAAGAAAGUCGCUGUCUUUACUGGAGUCUCUUCGUGCUCGAUUGCCUGAUCCAAACGGACUAUUCUCUUCUUCAUAUGCCGCAUCAAAUACCACCUCCAAUAGUAUCUCCUCCCUUGGCCGAUGAUCUUCUACCGACAAAUCAUCUUCUUCGGUUCGAUGACGAUCAAUCGCCCUACUACGUUACUCAGCGAUAUCCUGCAAAUACUGCGUUCUCAGUUCCUGUCGGCAUCUUUCAGAGGAAUUGCCAAUGCGCCAUGCUCUAUAACCGAACGUCUUUCCCUCAAUCCACCUAUAAGUCAGCCAGUCCUACUGCAAACCCAUUGUCCUCCAGACAAUACGAUUCUAUCUUGAAAUGGUCCAGUUCCUUUUCUCCGUUACUAUUUGGAACUCAUUUAUCGACAUGGGAACCUGAUGGUGUAGAGCUUUUCAGUCCAUACGGCGAAGGCAUAGCAACGCCUGACACUACAAGCGAUAUCACUGAAUCGCUAUUAUUAUUCCAAAAAGAUAUUGAUGACUUGGUGUUACAGAAUGAGACUGAAGCUGCACGUACUACAUUCAAGCGAUCAAAUUAUGUUAUUUAA